AUGAUUCGUUAUCUUCGAAUGUUGGGAAUGGAGAUUCCUCUGUUUCUUUAUAUGCUUGGCUCAUAUCUCAACUAUCCAGUAUUCCAGAAUUUGAUCUACGAAAAAGAGUGUCUUAUUAAAUACGAGCAGAAUGUGACAUUUUGUCGUGAUGUCAGUGGUUACAACAAGGACUUGGAUAUUCAAGCUGCCGCUAAUCACUUCUACUUCAUCUCUUCAUUGACCCUUUUAUGCCCAUCUUUAGUGACGACGUUGUUGUUGGGAGCAGCCACCGACUUCUGGAGCAUCAAAAUUCCUCUAAUCAUCCCGUACAUUGGUUGUAUUCUUGGCACCAUCAACUACGUUUUCCAAUCGUAUUUCAUUCACACUUCUGUCUAUUUUCUGCUUAUCAGUGAUGCGCUCUUCGGACUUUGUGGUGGUUUUAUUGCAAUUAUAUCAACCACACUGACAUAUGGCGUAAAAACGAGUAUGCUCCGCUACCGGAGCUACCGUAUCGCUGGAGUGGAAGGAGCAAUUGGAUUGGGAGGAACUGUUGGAUUCGCGUUGUCUGGAACAAUUAGAGAAGCUUGUGGAUAUGCAGUAACAUUCUUGAUUAUCCUCGGUCUUCAACUAAUUGCCCUACUAUAUCUUCUCAUAUUGGCGAAAGAAACUGAAUUCGAACCGGUUCGUCCGGAUGAGCACACUUCUCUGAUCUCCACGACUGGCAAACAAUUGAUUUCCGUAAUCCGGGAAUUCUAUCGAGUCCUCACUAAAUCCCGCCCAUUCCGUCUGAUUCUUUCACUGAAUCUUUUGGCAUUUGGAGUAGAAAUGCUCAUAUUCUCUGGAUUAUCGGAUAUUCAAUACUCAUAUCUCCGAUAUAAAUUACAAUGGGGAGACAAGAAAUAUGGAUGGUUCUCUGGUCUUUCGUAUGGAAUCACAACUGCAACUGUUCUAUUCCUGUAUCCGUUAUUACGCAUGAAAUGGAUGUCGGAUGGAAUGUUGGCAACUGUUGGAUUAUUCUUCAAAAUGAUAUCAUUGUUUAUGUUUGCUUUCGUGCAGAAUGAGGUGAUGGCGUACUCAAUUGCAGUGGUCGUCAUGUUCAAUAGAUUUGUCUCAACUGGAUUCCGAGCAUUCAUCUCAUCACUGAUUGAUAUGCAAGAGCAAGGAAAAAUCUUCUCUGUGAUUGCUCUUCUGGAAGGUAUCACAACCCUUGUUGCCACCUCGAUUUACAAUAAUUUAUAUCCGAAAACACUGUCGUUUUUCCCUGGAUUACUGUAUCUGAUCAGUGCUGCUCUGUUAUUAGUUCCACUUACAAUCGUCAGUACAUCAGACUAUGUGGUGCGAAAUCGUCGACCGGAAGUGUCCGAGGGAAUUCUGAAUAGUCAUAACGACGUGAUUGAUGAAGUAACGUCUACGGAUUCAACUUAA